GUGAUUGGGCAGUUAAGUGCGCGCCGUGGUGACGUCCCAGCGCAGCGGAGACCUGUAGACGCUUCGACAGGCGGUCGUCUUGGAAGAGGCAGGAUGAGCAAAGCGCACCCGCCGGAGCUGAAGAAGUUUAUGGACAAGAAGCUAUCAUUAAAACUAAAUGGAGGUCGACAUGUUCAAGGAAUAUUACGAGGUUUUGACCCAUUCAUGAAUUUGGUGAUAGAUGAGUGUGUGGAAAUGGCACCUGGUGGACAACAGAACAACAUAGGGAUGGUGGUAAUACGAGGAAACAGCAUCAUUAUGCUAGAAGCCCUGGAACGAGUAUAAAAAAUGAAGUACUUGCUGUUACUACAGUGUGCGGAAAUUUUAUUAUUAUUGGUUCUACAGGAUCAUUCCAUGUUUACAUUUUUUUUAAAAAUAAAUUCUUAAAAGUUGGUAUAACUUGCUUCACAACUUCAAAAAAUUAAUUUGGGAAUAUAUGAAAUUUGAAAAAAUGACUUUAAAUCCAUGUACAUGAAUGGAGAUAGGAUAUUAGUGUUCCACAUAACACUAAUGGCUUAAUAAACAAGUGAACAAAACAAUUCCAAACAAGUUGAAUGAGAAAUGAACCUAUGCUGGCAAUAAGCCAGCGUCCUAAACAUUCAAGAUCCUCUUUUAUGACUUUUGAGAAGUCCUUGACUUAGGACCAGUUGUUAAUCAUUUUGAAAGUACAACUGCUUGUAAAGGGGCUGUCAUAAAAUGUUUUGCUUUGGUCCUAUGAUUGUGAUCUGGGUGUUGGCAACCUGGUCACACAACCGUUGCCAAGCACCCUGCAGUCAUGUGAUAGAAAGGGAGUGGGGGGAGACACACACACACACAAGUCCCUCAUACAACCACAAGGCAGGCAUAUCCCUUCAACCUGCUCCCCCCCCAGCAUUACAAAGUGUGUAUAUUGUUUAAUAGACUGCUAAAUUGGCCACGCCUACCCAGUCACGACCACCUAGCCACACACUUCCAGCCCCUCCCAUCAGUUUGAGGAACCGUGAAUUGGCCCCUUGUUUAAAAAGUUUGAGGUCACCUGACCUGUAUAAUCACUUAAUGAUUGCUGCUAAUUAGAGCCAGGAUUGCAGUCAUUAAAGUGAUCAUGUGGUUGUCUUGCUUAAUGACCACUUUGCUCAACAACUGAGAAUUUGGUCCUCCAAAUUGUAGCCGUAAUUCAACUUGAACCUCCCAUAAUGUAAUCCUCUGGUUGUAUCGGUAUGACACCUUUCUAAAAUUGUCAAUUGCAGAUCCUUAGCCACGCAUUUGGAAAAAAGACACAACACCACCGCAAGAAUGUGUUUCCUUCACUUUUAAUAAAGUUAGAAAGUAUACCCAGUCUGUUACCUGUAAAUUGCUGCUACCCAGUUCUCUGCCUAAUGCAGUCAUGAGUGGAUGGCAUGAGUAGUUCACAGAACCACACACCUGGCAGUAGAGGUAUGUUUUUUCCUACUGCUUUUAGGUAAAAGAAAAGCUGCUUGCCAGUACAGUUUUCCUGACUGCCUGAAUAAGCAUCAAAAGGCACAAAGAUAAUUUUGAUUAAUUCUUCUCUCCAUUUUAUAAAUACUUUAUUUUCUCUGCUCUCAAGCUAUAUUUUUUAAUAUGAAGUUUGAUCUAGUGGUGAAGGCACCAGGCCAGAAACUAGGGGACUGUUGAGUUCCAGUCCGGUCUUGGGCCCACAGGAAGGGGUUUAGGCAACAAGCCAGUAUCAAUUCCCAUCACAGCCAAAUGACUCAACACUCGGUUGGUGUGCUACUUCUGUGUGGAGUUUGUCAAAAGCCAUCCAGAACAUCCAAUUUCCUUCCCCUUCAAAAAAAGAAGGGGCUUAUUCAGACAGAUAUUUCAUAAUUUCAGUGUGCUG